UUUCCCUGCGGUAAUUAGUAACGGAAGCCAAUACACUUCCCGUCAACAAGAUGUCAAACAUUGCGCUGGACAAAGACUGCUUCUUCCGGCGAAUAAAGCGGCUGUACGCAAACUGGAAGGAUCCGGAAUUCAAUCAUGAUGAUUCGCUGACGAAGGUGGACUGCAUCAUGACGGCGGUCGGUGUGGACGAGGAAACGUUCUACAGCAAAUCGACGUCACUGCAGACCUGGCUGUUCGGGUACGAGCUAACCGACACGAUCAGCAUAUUUUGCGACAAUGCCAUCCUGUUUCUGACCAGCAAGAAGAAGAUUGAGUUUCUGAAGCAAAUAGAAAAAGACACGGAAGAUGGUCUGCCACCGAUACGUUUACUCGUACGGGACAAGAAUGACAAGGAUAAAGCCAACUACGAGAAGCUGUACGACGCGAUGAAGGCAUCGAAAGCCGGCAAAACGGUUGGUGUGUUCACGAAGGACAACUUCCCGGGAGAGUUCUGUGAGAAUUGGCGCGCAUUCUUGAAGGAUAAGCAUCUAACCAACGUAGAUAUCAGUGUGCCGAUGGGAUACAUCAUGUGUCCGAAGGAAGAUUCGGAACUUACCACCAUCAAGAAAGCAUGUCUCGUGACGAUUGACGUGUUCAACAAGUAUCUGAAGGAUCACAUCAUGGAAAUUAUCGAUGCGGACAAGAAAGUGAAGCAUGUCAAACUAGCGGAAGGUGUCGAAUCGGCCCUUACCGACAAGAAGUAUGUGAGCGGCGUCGAUACGAACCAGCUGGACAUGUGCUAUCCCGCCAUCAUACAGUCCGGUGGCAACUACAGCUUGAAGUUCAGUGCGUUCAGCGACAAAAACUAUCUCCACUUUGGAUCGAUCAUCUGUGCGCUGGGCGCACGAUACAAAUCGUACUGCUCGAACAUUGUCCGCACGCUACUCGUCAACCCGACGGACACCAUCCAGAAGCAUUACAAUUUUUUGCUCAACCUAGAGGAAGAAUUGUUAAAAAGUCUCGUCCCCGGCAAGCGGCUUUCCGAGGUGUACGAUGUGGGGCUGGAGUACGCGAAAAAGGAGGAACCGAAGCUGGUGGAUAAGCUGACGAAAACGUUUGGCUUUGCGACCGGGCUGGAGUUCCGCGAAAACUCCAUGACGAUCGGUCCGAAGUGUUUGGCGGUGCUGAAGAAGGGAAUGGUGUUUAGCCUGAAUGUGGGACUGGCCGGGUUAGAGAAUGCCGAAGCAUCCGACAAGGAGUCGAAGGUGUACGCACUGUUCGUCGGCGAUACGGUGCUGGUGACGGAUGAGGCGCAAGCGGUCGUGCUGACACAAUCGAAGAAGAAGAUAAAAAAUAUUGGCAUCUUCCUGAAGGAUGACGAUGAGGACGAUGAGGAGGAGGAGGAGAAGGAUACGGAACAGGCGCCGGAAAUUUUGGGCCGCAGCGGUAAACGCUCGACCGUGCUGGAGAGCAAGCUGCGCAAUGAGCAAAGCUCUGAAGAGAAGCGUAAACAGCAUCAGAAGGAGCUAGCGAUCGCUUUGAACGAGAAGGCAAAGGAACGGUUGGCAAAGCAGGCGGGUGGCAAGGAGGCGGAAAAGGUGCGAAAAUCGACCGUUUCUUACAAGAGCGUUAAUCAGAUGCCGCGGGAACCGGAGGUGAAGGAAUUGAAGCUGUAUGUUGAUCGCAAGUAUGAAACGGUUAUCAUGCCAAUCUUUGGAGUACCGGUUCCGUUCCACAUCUCGACCAUUAAGAACAUUUCCCAAUCGGUCGAAGGCGACUACACAUAUUUGCGUAUCAAUUUCUUCCAUCCGGGUGCUACGAUGGGUCGAAAUGAGUCCGGCAUGUAUCCCAAUCCAGAUGCGACGUUCGUCAAAGAGGUUACUUACCGUUCGACAAAUACGAAAGAACCGGGAGAGAUAGCGGCACCUUCGUCCAACCUUAACACAGCAUUCCGGCUCAUCAAGGAGGUCCAGAAGCGCUUCAAAACGCGCGAAGCCGAAGAGCGCGAAAAGGAAGAUUUGGUUAAGCAGGACACACUGGUGAUGUCACAGAACAAGGGUAACCCGAAGCUGAAGGAUCUCUACAUACGACCGAACAUCGUAAGCAAACGUAUGACCGGUUCGCUCGAGGCGCACGUUAACGGUUUCCGCUACACGUCCGUACGCGGCGAUAAGGUGGACAUACUGUACAACAACAUCAAGAGCGCAUUCUUUCAACCGUGCGAUGGCGAAAUGAUCAUUUUGCUACACUUCCAUCUAAAGCACGCGAUUAUGUUCGGCAAAAAGAAGCACCUGGAUGUACAGUUUUACACCGAGGUGGGAGAAAUUACGACCGAUCUUGGUAAACAUCAGCACAUGCACGAUCGGGAUGAUUUGGCCGCGGAGCAGGCAGAGCGGGAGCUACGCCACAAGCUUAAGACGGCGUUCAAAAGCUUCUGCGAAAAGGUAGAGCUAAUGACGAAGCAACAGAUCGAGUUUGAUACACCGUUCCGGGAGCUCGGCUUUCCGGGUGCACCGUUCCGUAGCACAGUAUUAUUGCAGCCGACGUCUGGUAGCUUGGUGAAUCUGACCGAGUGGCCACCGUUCGUCAUAACGCUGGAGGACGUCGAGCUGGUACACUUUGAGCGUGUCCAGUUUCAUCUGCGCAACUUUGACAUGAUAUUUGUGUUUAAGAACUAUCAGCAGAAGAUAGCGAUGGUCAAUGCGAUACCGAUGAACAUGCUCGAUCACGUGAAGGAGUGGUUAAAUUCAUGCGAUAUUCGCUACUCGGAGGGCAUACAGUCGCUGAAUUGGGCCAAAAUUAUGAAAACCAUUACGGACGAUCCGGAAGGAUUCUUUGACAGUGGUGGCUGGACGUUCCUGGAUCCCGAAUCGGAGGGUGAGGGUGAGGCAAACAGUGAGACCGAAGAUGAGGAGGACGAUGCGUAUGAACCGACCGAUGAUGAUGAUGAGGAGGAGUCCGAUUCUGAGGAUUACUCCGAAGCGUCCGAAGAUGAUGAUACAGGAAGUGAAGAAGAUCUUGGUUCGGAUGAAGAGUCGGGCAAGGAUUGGUCCGAUCUGGAGCGGGAAGCUGCAGAGGAGGAUCGGAACCGUGAAAAGGACGAUUAUGUUGAUCGCAAUUCGUCGAAAAAACGAUCCCACCAUAGCUCCUCCAAGCAUGGCAGCAGUCGGGAUAAGAACCACAAGGACAAACACAACGAUAAGAAUCGUAGUGGCAGCAGUAGCAACAGCAAGCACAACAGCAGCAGUAGUCACAAGCGUUCGCGAGACGACAGCCGUGACAGUAACCACCAUCACAAGAGCAAGAAAUCGCGAAAAUAAA